GGCUCCGCAGCAGCGCAUGCGCAGAAGACACAACGCGCUCUUAUAAGCACCAGGGUUAAUGCGUUCGGUCGGAGGCUGUGAGUUUAUAUCGCCGAUACCCCGAACCACAACCAAUCCAUACACAAGAUGCAUCACCGCACAUCGCUGGCCAUAUGCCCAGCUCUGUGGCGCUCCAUACCAUGCCAACGGUCUGAACUUCGUCUGGACUUCGCUCUCUUGGGCGGCCAAUCUUUUCGGUGGAAGGAGUGGAGUCCUGGGUAUUGGACAGGAGUGUUACAUGGCCGCGUGUGGACCCUCACCCAAACCGAUGAACACAUUUGGUACACGGUGUAUGACCACGAAAAUUCUAGCAUGGGUGAUGUCACCAAAAAGGCAAAAAGAGACUCAAAAAGCAGAGGGAAGAGAAAAGAGCCAUAUAGACCUCCCAAAACGAUCAAACCGGAACACAUUAAACAAGAGGAUGGACCAGCAGAAGCCUUUCAGACAAGUAUCCAUGACAGAGAUUGUAAGAAGGACGAAGAGGUUCUGCGGGAUUACUUCCAGCUCGGGGUCAGUCUGAAGGAUCUCUAUCAACGCUGGGGGAAAUCUGACCCCAACUUCCAGAAGGUGGCCCAGAAUUUCCCUGGUAUACGGAUUUUGCGACAAAACCCCACAGAGUGCCUCUUCUCUUUCAUCUGCACGUCCAACAACCAUAUCUCUCGUAUCACGGGCAUGAUUGACCGAGUCUGCGGCUCGUUGGGAAGACAUUUGUGCCGGCUGGAUUCCGUGGCGUACUGUGAUUUCCCCACCUUGCAGGCGUUGGCAGCGGACGACACAGAGGCCAAAUUAAGAGAGCUGGGCUUUGGAUACAGAGCAAAGUUCGUCAGCGAGAGCGCUCGGACCAUCCUGUAUAAACACGGCCCCGAUUGGUUGGAGAGUUUGCGUCCCGCGCCCUAUGAAGAGGCAAAAUCAGCUCUAUGUGCCCUACCCGGGGUAGGAGCCAAAGUAGCUGACUGCGUGUGCCUCAUGGCGCUGGAUAAAGCCGAGGCGGUGCCCGUAGACACGCACGUAUGGCAAAUCGCCAAGAGAGACUACCUGCCCCAGCUGGGCCAGGGCAACAAAACCCUGACGGACCGAGUGUACAAGGAAAUCGGAGGGUAUUUCCGUAAUUUGUGGGGUCCCUACGCCGGGUGGGCACAAUCAGUUUUAUUCUGUUCCGACCUCAAGAAGUUCCACGCUUCAGGAGAUUCCAAUUCAAAGACACAGCAAAGAACAAAGAACAAAAAAACUGCUUCUUAGAUUAUAGUGAAUAUUUAUUUUUUACAAAGUUCUUGGCUACCAAAAUAAAUUCUAUA